GGAUAGGUCUUAGCAUAAUCAAGGACGAGACUGAGCGAUUCUUUCCUUCUACUCUGGAUUUUGGAUAAGAAGCAAAAUAAAUAAAAUCUGAACUUAUCGUCCCUGGAUAUCCUGUGCGGGCUGUAUGUGCUAAUCUAGGGAGAAUUGCUCAUUGAUUAAGAACCUUUUUCCAACCCGAAGAAAGCCGCCAACCAGCAAAACAACAAAACUGUGUAACCUUUCCGACGAGGUACGAAAAUAUCCACUUUGAGGCGGAUUUGGGAUUCUUGAACCUAUUGCUGAUAUGGUUUUCAAUAUUCUUUGAUCGUGUUAGCCACAGAAACCAAUAGCGUGAAACAAGUCGUCAACACUCGCGCUGUAAUCCCUUUUGCCGAAUCUCCAAUACUGACUUCACAUCUCGGUCGGUUGUGUGUAAGCAACAGGCAAUCCUGUUCAACGAAACACUUCCAACGUAACAUAUUAUACCGUUUUAAUACGUCUUUCUGGUUGUAGUGGUAAACUUGGAGCUAAUAAGUAUUGAUGUAUAAACUAUUUUUGUUAGUGUUUUAAUUGUUGGAAUUACUCUCAAUUUCGGAACCAAUCUGCAACUAGACCGGCGUUUCUCCACUAAUCUCAUAUCCUUGCUUCGGAAAAGCUAACAUGACACGACCGGAAAUUGAUUGACCGGGCUCUCCUUAUGGAAGAUAUAAUGGACUGCUCCGUAUUGGUGAUCUUAAUAUUACAAGUGUGUGCAGUAUUAUGUGACGAAAACGAGUACAGGCUGGUCAGGGAUCUGUUCGUGGCGUACGACAAAAGGGUACGACCUGCCGUUCACUGGAGCCAGUCUGUUAACACUACGUACGGGGUGGCACUCGCCCAAAUCAUCGAUGUCGACGAGAAGAAUCAAAUCAUCACGACAAACUGCUGGCUCAACCAGAACUGGCUCGACCCGAAGCUACGCUGGGAGCCCCACAAGUACGGCAACAUCACCGUCAUAGGGGUGCCUUUUACAGACGUUUGGAGGCCCGACGUCGUCUUAUAUAACAACGCGGACUCCACGUCGACGUUAACGUCCGUCAGCUCGAACGUUAUCAUCAAGUACGACGGCAACGUGACGUGGCUCUCCAUGUCCAUCUUCCGGUCCUCGUGCACCAUCGACGUCAAAUACUUCCCGUAUGACGUACAGAACUGCACGAUGCGUUUCGCCUCCUGGUCGUUCGGUAUCGACCAGCUCAAUAUCCUCAGUCACUCGGACGAGGGUGACAUCUCUAACUACGUGCCCAGCUCGGAGUGGGCGCUCGUCCAGUACAGGCCGCGGCGACAGCUGGAGAAGUUCUCGUGCUGCCCGGACCUCGUGCCUUUCAUGAAGUACGACAUCGUCAUAAAGCGGCGCCCGCUGUUCUACCUGUUCAACAUGGUGAUGCCGUGCGUGCUCAUCACACUGGUGGCGCUGCUGGGGUUUUACAUGCCGCCAGAGAGCGGCGAGAAAGUGUCCAUGGGUAUCACGACGCUGUUGUCUAUUGUCGUAUUCCUUAUGAUAGUCUCCGAGAGUCUACCGCCAACCUCGGACGUUGUGCCGCUCAUCGGCCUCUACUACGGUGUUACUAUCGCCAUCGUGUCCUCAGCCACGGCUAUGACGGUGCUCACGGUGAACAUCUACCACAAGGGCACGCGCGGCAUUGAGGUCCCCGUCACCGUAAAGAGGCUCUUCUUCGGUCUGGUCGCCAGGAUUCUCUGCAUCAAACUUGACCUUCCAUCUCCGCCUUACUCGGGACUGACGCGGAUCCCCUCACACGACCACUGCGUGUAUGAGCGCUCUUCGGACACUGACAUGGGAACGCAGAACGGCGGCCUGCACGCGCGGUUCCCGGCCUCGGUGGUGCCCCCGGACGGCGGGCCGAGAACCUGCUCCACAGACGCCCACGAGCAGCAGCUAGUGCGGGUCCUGAGGAAGGUCUACCAGACAAUAGAGCGCAACGAGAUCCGGAUAUCCGAGCAAGACCGGCGUGACGUCAUCCGCCAGGAGUGGCAGCAACUGGCUCUCGUCAUCGACAGACUCAUGCUGAUCAUUUUUAUUUUUGCGACCGUCACUGUGACGCUGGUUGUAAUGGUUCCGCAGGAAUACGACAAAGAUUGAGCCGCGUUCUGGGAAAAUUGAGCUUAAUGCAUUUACGUAAAGUGUUGUCCCAGAUAAGCCUGUGCAGUCCGCCUAAAGUAGAUUUUCGUUUAGAAGACACUUUUCUCGUAAAGCAAUCAAUCCGUAACUGCGGAGUGUGACGUCCCUGAUAAACCGAUGUGGACUGCAAAGGCUUAUAUGUGAUGACGCUUUUCGCACUUGCAUUAAGCCCAAUUUUUCCACGGAAGUACUUCACUAUAUUCAGUAGGUUGAAUAUCCCCGGUGCUGUGAUACGCGAGUUGGCAAGUGCACACACACACACACAUUUCGACAGUGUGAAGAAAUCAGAAUUUUGUCGGGCUACGUUUUGAAAACAAAAUGUCUGUGAUGUAAGGAGAUGUAAUCCGUGCAUGUAUGACAUGACACGUGGUAUGUCUUACAUGACACGUGGUAUAUAUGACAUGAUACGUGGUAUGUAUGACAUGACACGUGGUUUUGAGAAUGACCAAAUAACGAAACUAAGCAAUAAUGCUUGCACGAAAACAAUAUAAAAACAAAAGAAAAGAAAAGAACUAUAGUAUUAUUAUUGAUCAUUUCAAGGAAAUGAGAAUUGAAGAUACGAAAGAUUUGUCAAAAUUGAGUUUCCUACGUAGUUUAAAUUAGACAAUUAAAGCAACAGAAGACGGAAUAACAAUUGGUUAGGUUAUAUACAUCUAUUAGUAUUCUGUGGUUUUAGCAGUAUACAAAAGAUUUAAAAAAACAAACACACACAAACAAAUAGACGAUUCUGUAUAUAGUUGUAUAGGUUGCAGUAUUAGUUUUUUUACUCUCCAAACUAUCUAUGAUAAGGGAAGACUUUUUGGUAAUUACUGAAAUAAACAACACAAUAUAACUUUUGCAUUUUAAUCUUGAAACCUUUCCAACAAAAUAUUCGAACUAAUCUAAAGUAAAACGUAGCCAAAGUAAUUCUUGGCAGCUUUUACCAAGCUUCCAUGUAUUUUAAAGAACCAGACAAUACGCACGCACUGGCGAAGUGAAAUAACCCUCUCGUCGAUUUAAGUGAUGUAUUUAUUCGGACAGUAGUAAGUGUCGGACAAUAAAAUACCAAAUGAUAAACACACUUGUCUUAUUGAAUAAUGCGUGUUAGAUAGGCUCAAAACCAGACAUUGGAAUACAUCAAAGGAAUAAUGAAAAUAUUGCAGCGCAAGCAUUCGAUUGGCAGCAAUAACAGUAUUGUAUGUGUCAUAUGUGUGAUAGAAAGCUGGCACGUGUACUAGCUCUGUUUUUGAAAAGUUGUACAAGCAAGCCUAGUGUGCUCGCUUACAAUAUGGAUGGUGUCUGACAAUUACUACGAAGGACAUGUUAACACCCGACAAGCGGUUCUACUUAGGCGCCACAGUUAGACGAAAUCGACACGACAGAAGUGUUAUUUUUAAAUGACAGGGCUAUUAUAACAUGAAUUGCUAAGUUAUUCGAGUUACUUUGUAUGUCAAGGCGUGAACAUUAUCGCGUUAGUGGGUAUACUGUAGCUCAUUGGGUCAUUGUCGACCCCGGAUGACUAGAAUCGACUUAAUGUCACCCCAGGGUGACAUGAAUCGGCUUCUAGUCAUCCCCGGGUGACAAGAAUGGGCUUCUAGUCACCCGUGUAUUUUUUAUCAAACGGCACCGCAUUCAGGUGUCUGUUAUAGGCUAUUGUGGCUUUUGAAUAUUUUAGUUAAUUUAUUGUUUUUUUUAGACAUUUAGCUCUACUUUCGUUUUUGUAGUAUUUUUACUCAAAUUCCCUCGCAUAUGAACGACCAAAUCAUGUAUUUUUUGUUGAAAAAAGUAAAAUUGUUGCCGAUGAUGACUUAUUGCUGAUUUCGAGGGUGACUAGAACCGGCUUGAAGUCAACCCGGGUGACUAGAAUCGGCUUGAAGUCACCCCCGGGUGACAAGAAUCGGCUUCAUGUCACCCCCGGGUGACUUGUGGGCCAUUUCAGGUCGACAAUGACCCAUUGAGCGAUAUUGUGUGGCGGCCUGGUUGACUCAUGAGACAGAGCACUCGAUUGUGUUGAUUUAUCGACAGCAAAGUUAUCACCAGAAGUUGAUAUUAGUAUUUUUAAAUAGAACUGUAUAGUACAUGUAUCUUUGUACAAUUCAACAUAUUGAUAAUGUUGUCAUUUUCUUAUUUUAUAGUGCAAUUGUUAUGCACUAAUGAUGUCUAUUAAUUUUACCCAAUGUAACGAUUAUAUAUUGUAUGUUUUAUGUACACCUUUUAAAAUGUGAUGGAAGGUGGGUUGGUGUUUACUGAUUGUACGUUCGUAUGAGCUUCGCUCUGUAAAAACAGGACUUAAUGCAUGUGCGUAAAGUGUUGUCCCAGAUAGCCCGUGCUGUCCACUCCGGGAAUUUAGCACUGUUUGAAUAUGAAGGGUAAGGAAUGAAUUAUCAUGUAAAAUAUACAGUCUUUGCAUGUAGUUACAGUG